AUGACAUCGGAGAAUCAAAAGAAACUGGGCAUGACCCAGGAUACGAACGAGCUCGGCGUUCCGGAGCCUAUGGAUACAGAAGUCGCCAAUUUUAACUCCAACAUGCGAGUCACGGACGCCGUUUGUCCGGCUCUUCCGCCCAAUCAACUUCCACAGGAUAUGGUACCUCUUAGUUGCACUCGAUUUUUCUCUGGCUUAGUUAAGUACUACUUGAGCUCUUUUAUGAUGUUAAUCGCAUCACGAGACCGCGCUGCCGUCAGUGGACGCCUUCGAGGCCGCUGGCGUAAGCCGAUUCCUGAGGUGAAGGGUUUGGCAAACCUGUCCAGGUCAUUAACCGCCAACGUCAUUCCAGGUUUGCUGUCCGUUGACUAUCGGGGUUGAGUGUAAGGCUGCUGCUCGGGACCGUCGUGAUUGCAAGUUGGACUAGAAGGCUUGAUUGGUAGCAACAGAACCUGCUCAUAUCACUGAACAUGUUUAUGGUUAAGUUAGGUAUAAGCGUAUGUCAAUCAACCUUGAGCACAGGGGACUAACAAGCUCCAAAAUACGGUCCUAGGGAUCAAAGCGGCGACCGUCUAGCCUCGAGCUAAGUACUUAUUUUACCAAUUUGAAUCGUCCUCGUGAUUUAAGUUUUCACCAACUGGACAGUCUUAACGUGUUUGAUGCCUUGCAGGACUUGGGCCAGCGCACACGCUUCACGUACUUGUCUAAAGAGAUGGUUUAAAAUUGGAAGUUGCCUUGGGAUGUCUUUUAUGUAAAUGUGAAGUUGGUUGCUCAGAAUACCAAUCACAGUUCUCCGCAACGUAGACGGCGCUGGUGAAGUAUCACCAAAUCAUUUCUUUCUCAUGAGACCUAGCUGUCCUAAUAGUAGUCUGUGUAAUGCCUUUUAUUAAUGUACUUGCUGAUGUUAGUCUUGACCGCGUAUAAGUCAACUUAUGCUCCUUACCGUGUUUCCUCUCCAACAGGAAGUUGGCAAGCCCUUUGCUGUCUCCGAAACAACUCUUUCGGACAGCCUUGGCAUAGGAAAAACCGGCAGCAGUGAGGCUUUUGCCGAAGAAUGCGUCUCGCGAUCCUCCGGUGUUUUGGAGUAUGUCUUCAAAAACAUUGAAGAUCCUCGGGUAUGCUAAGUCCACGUUCUGUUAUUCUCUGAAAUUUGGUAGCUUAGUUCUUCUUUUCUGUUAGGUUCUUUUUGUCCUUCACUCACAUUCGUCCGCCAACUAAAGCCUUAUUUUCUUCGCAUUACAGAAAGUCGACAUCAGAAACGAAAUCCGUGUAAGUUUCUCCGUCCACUCCUCCGACCAGGGAGUUUUGCCUAUUCUGUAGUGUCCGUCUUCAUUUCUCCUGUUUUUCCGAAUUGCCAUUUAAAGGUCUCAGCGUAGUAAUAUAAGUUAGUUUGUGCUAAGGCCACCCAUGGCUUUUGUAUCGUUCACAUGCGACGGGAAGUAGUGCAGUCCUUAGUCUUGGAAUUUGCAAAUCAACCUGCAGAGCUUACCUUUGUCAGGCCGUUUCAGUGAGCUCUUGCCAUAUUUACUCAGCCGAACUAGUGAUCGUCUUGUUGAUUUGUACUGACUUUCCGCGCCUGUGUUUUCAGCUCCUUAGUGACGCAUCGAUGAUUCGUUGCCUUCCCUGGAAGAUUUUGCUUGUCUUCCCGCGGCCUGAAUCUCGGAACGCCAUGGGCAUGUUUCUGCAGUGUAACGCUGAGAGUCCCUCCACCACCUGGACCUGUUACGCACGAGCCAGCCUUGAACUUGUCUCACAAAAUAAGCGUGUGAAUAACAAGAAGCUUCGCAUUCGUCACACCUUCGCUCACAAGGAAAACGAUUGGGGCUACCAGACUUUCAUACCCUACAACGAUCUCUUCAAUCCCGAAAAUGGCUACGUUGUCAAUAACACCAUUUGUGCUCGCAUAACUGUCGAGGCCGACGCGCCACAUGGGGCUGAAUGGGACUCAAAACGCUUCACUGGAUUUGUGGGCUUAAAGAACCAGGGUGCAACCUGCUAUCUAAACUCCGUGCUGCAAGCUCUCUACUGCACAAAUUGCCUUCGUUCAGCCGUGUUUCGCAUGCCUACAGAGAGUGAUGACAGUCUCACCAGUGUCCCGCUUGCGUUGCAACGCACCUUCUACGAACUCCAGACCUCUGCGCAUGCAGUUUGUACUGAGAAGUUGACCCGUAGCUUCGGCUGGGCCACUUGGGAUUCUUUCAUGCAGCACGAUGCUCAAGAAUUGUGCAGGGUUCUGUUAGACAACAUUGAGAACAAGAUGAAGGGUACAACCGUGGAGGACAUCAUACCAAAUCUGUUUAGUGGCAAAAUGGUCUCCUACAUCAAGUGUACGCAAGUUAACUAUGAAUCGAAGCGAGAGGAAAAUUUCUAUGACAUUCAGCUAAAGGUCAACGGCAACAAGGAUGUUCAUGCUGCUUUUAAGGAGUACAUACAGGUGGAGAUGUUGGCUAAUGAUAACAAGUACGACGCCGGCAAGUAUGGCCUUCAGGAGGCUGAAAAGGGCGUCAAGUUUAUCAAAUUUCCUCCGGUCCUCUACCUCCAGCUAAUGCGUUUCCAGUAUGACUUUCAUUCGAACACCAAUGUGAAAAUAAACGACCGUUUUGAAUUCCCCUAUGACCUUGACCUGAAGGAUUAUGUUCUGGAUCCGGCGGAGGCGCAGUACACUGAUUACUUCCUUCACGCCGUUCUGGUGCAUUCCGGAGAUCACCAUGGUGGACACUAUGUCGUUUAUAUUAAUCCACUUGGGGAUAAAGAAUGGUAUCAAUUCGAUGACGACGUAGUCUCCAAGUGCUCAUCAAGGGAUGCUAUUGAAAUGGUGAGUUGUACAUCUACUCUUCUCUAUUCCUGUCCGUGUAUUGUCAGCUGGUCGAACCAUUUGCCCAUUUUCACAGUUAUUAAGAUUAUAGUAAAUUGUGUAUUUUAUAGUAAUAGUCGUCCUCGUUUGGAAUGCACAGGGUGUCCAGAGAUAAGUAGCCACUUUGUUCGAUUGGCAGACUCACCAAAUGUAUGACUACACGAGGCAGUCACUUCACUUGGGCCCUACCUGGAAUUCAACUGUUCCUUCUGUGACUAUGGAGUUGGACUGAGCACAGCGGCCACACUCCCUGUAACCGCAUGGACUAGUAGACGAAAGCAGAUGAAGGUCAACCGAUGUAUUUCUCCAGCAGCAGUGAAUUUGGGUGUGAGAAACCCUGUCGAUUUGUAGGGUGGGUCCAGCCGUGUUGUGGUACGCCUGAACGAGGUCCAUAUGCCGGUACGGCCACUGCGCUCUUUCUCCCGGUAAAUUGGCAUCCACUUGAAUGCCAGUUUGUGGUACUACAAUGUCUCUGGCAGAGCAACAGUGGCAUGUGCGCGAUUGAGAUUAUGGUGCGGGAGACUUGCGUGGCAUAUACCCCACUAUCCCAUUCCCUCGUUCGCCAUGUUUUAGCAUCGAGGCAAGGUCCAAACCACCAGACAUAGUGGCCGAUCUGACAUGAAGCCCGCGUCCAGUCGCGACACGCACGAGCGGGUCCCUACAUGGCUAUCCACGAGACCUUUUAAAACCCAGGUCUUUCAUCGGCAAGAGUUAUCACAUUAGGAAUGGACCACAGAAUAGAUGUAUCCCAACAGUUAGCAACCUCCAAAGCCGCGACUUCAGGGACAAGUCCGGGCCAGACGGCCUAGAGGUGAGAUAGGGUGCAGUAGCCAAAAUGACCUAAAGUACUGUUUCAUGGGUAUUAGCCACCGUUUAGAUUUAUGAGACAAUAUGGCCUGUUUUGGAAGUCUACUCGAACAGCAGUAGACUGUUCUAGGAACUUGGGGCGUAGUGCCGCGAAUUUUGUAUCUUCGUAUAUGUCAUCGCCUCACCCAUCGCAAAUCUGUCGUUAACUGCGGUGAAAAACGCUACUAGUCCUGACGAUUUUUCAAGACAUGGUUUGGAGCUGGGCGGUUGAUCGAAAGGAAAGCAGUGUAGACUUGGCGUUAGUAUCUUCCUCAGCUGUAGUUUUGGAGAACUUUGCGGCUUUAAUUCAUAGUUCGUAGGUGGUGCCUUCGGCCUCUUACCGCUUCCACUCUGAGGACUCCAAUCACUACAUGUACUUCCCUGCCCCAUCAAAUUCGCCUUGGCCGCUUACCCACGCGCAGGUCUCAUGCUCAGGGUUGAGUCCGUACGUCUACCAGUCAGCGCUUCAUAAAUAAUCAGUUCCUUGUUGCUGGAUACCCACUGAAAUUUACAACUACUUGCCCCACCACCGCCUUACCCGUUCUCUCGUGUCUCUCUGAAUGCAGAACUAUGGAAACUCGGAGGAUCCGGAUAUUCGGGCCUAUACAAAUGCUUACAUGUUGGUUUAUAUUGCAAAGAAUGCCAAGGAGGAGGUAUUGUGUCCAGUCACGGAGAGGGAUAUACCACCGUCAUUGCGCUCCCGCUUCUUGGAGGAACAGAGUGUUGAUGAACAAAAACAGAAGUUCAAGGACAGUGCGCAUGAAUUCCUCACGGUCAACAUCCUUCUCGAGGAAGACUUUAACGGCUACGAAGUAGGUUUACUUCCCCUCUAACUUGUUGCUACUCAUCCACUUCAUACAUUUGCCUUUUCAGUCUUUGCUCGGUUUCCAUCUAACCCUCUGUCUGAAGUAGCCUGUGCUCGCCACAGUUAGUCAUAGGAUUUUUAAAAACGCCCAGUUUUUACGAAUAUGGGUAAGAUGUGGUUAUGCAGCCGAACCUGAUGGACACAAUACUGUUUACCUACCUAAUUAUUUUGAGUUAAUGUGAUUACCUUGGCAUGGUGUUGCUGUGCGUUGCAGUGUGUGUUCUGUUGGGGGCCUUGUUUCUUUGUUGUCAUGUCUACCUUUUUCGGCCCGAUGCCGGUGGUCCUUCUUGACUUUCGGCCUGUCGUCUCCUUCUAACUUUCGCAUUGGAUGUUUCAGGCUUAGGGUUUGGGACUGCGGUUAAGGGUUAGGGUUAAAGGUCAGGUGUGGUCAUGUAGCCGCUCCCGAGGUAAACGAACCCCAGCCAUUCGUAAUACGGGACCGGCGGUAAUAGGGGUUUUUGCAGGUGGGGCCGGGGAACGCACAGGCGACGAGGUCAAGUAAUUGUGUGUAAAAGAAAAGCUAUUGGGAAUGCGCGGUUGUACUUUGAAUGGUUGAGAAAUAGUUGCCCUUAACCUUAACCCUGAAACAUCCAGUGCGAAAGUUAGAAGGAGACGACAGGCCGAAAGUCAAGAAAGACCACCGGCAUUGGGCCGAAAAAGGUACACACGGCAAAAAAGAAACAAGGCCGCUAACAGAAUACACACCGCAACGCACAGCAAGACCAUGCCAAAGUAAUCAGAUAAACUCAAAAUAAUUAGGUAGGUCAACAGUAUUGUUUCCAUCAGGUGCGGCUGCAUAACCACUUCUUACCCGAAUAUUAGUUCAUCGUGGUGUACGAGUUUAUCAGGUUUACCACUAGAAGUAGCAACAGGUACUACCGCCGUGUGGCACAUUUUUUCAGUCAGCGCUCGUCACAAAGCAGGUAGGUCCUCGUGCCUUGAUAGGCCGCCUUCCCGCACAUCGUACCCCGGUAUCAUCCAGUUCAGUGUAUCCUGCAUUCUGCCACCGACCGACAAGCUUCCAGAAACCGAGGACUGUGGGACUGGAAAAUCUCCCCUAGCUCUUGCUUGCUGCAUUGAUAUAAAUCAGACCUGACCGACAUACUCUAGGAGGCUACGAUGGAGGGGAGGUGCUGCAGAUGGAAUUCUUGCGAAGUCCGUGAAGCAAGGAGUUGGCGAAAGUUCUCGGUACCUCUAGUGCUGCUCACUGUUGGUCGAUAGUGGGUCUCCGCGUUUGAGGCACAGCUCAAUAGUUGAGUCCCGCGUAUGCUCCGGAGAGGCUCCAGUUAUCACACACGCACACACUGUGUUUUUAUCAGACAGGGGUGCAAUGAGGUGGUUGGACUUUGUGUUGAAUUUCUGGCCUGUGCUCUGCCAUUUAUUUCCUCUAAUACUGGGCGGUAGGAAACCAGCUGCGUUUUUAUGAAAAUCCAGGUUAUGGUUAUUUUGUCUUACCUCCUGCUCCUCCACCACGUCUCGAACUUGGUCCGCUGUCAGACCGGCGUUUUAGACGUCCAGCAUUUUGUUGAGCGGCUUUUGUGAAGGAAUGAGUGACACGCAAGUACGCUGUCACUGACUCGUUUGUACCUGUUGUGACACUGUGCGCGGGUCUACAGUUGAUUAUUGUCAAGUCUCACCCCUGCGUGGAUAGAUUGAUUUCAUACAUUUUUUACGCACUGUUGAGCAUGUAAGGGGUAAUAUCCGUUAGCUAGACAUCGGUGAUGACUAGACGACCGGAGAAUUCUGCUCUGACACAAUUGACUCGAUCGAGACUGGCCCUGACUCCACUUUCGGCGUGCACUUCAACAAUUUGCAAGAUUAACUGCAGUCCUGAGUGGGCACGUUGCGAUCCUAUGGUCGCUCGCUCGUCCAACGACUCUGUCAGAUAUCCCUCUCGCCCAGACAGCACUUUCGUGGUACGGAAGCUUAGGCCGUACUGCCUUCAUCUUGGGAUCAUAACAGGUGACUAUUAUGUGGAUAGUGGUCAUACAUUUGAUCGGAAUUGAGGUUAAAUUAUCAAAACCUGCCAGGCGAGUGAAUUAUCUCCCUCGGCAGUCUGUCCCGUCACCUUGUCGGUUUUGACUACCACUUGCCGGCCUUCAAACAAGCAACCUUGUCAAAUUCUGUAUGUGGUCCUGCCUUGGAAAUUUUCUCCUGGAGAAAGUGCAUUCAGACUGCUCUAUCUAUGGCGUUUUUGUAGGGUCCUGAAAUCUUUCGGCUUGACCUUCUCCCUGUGCGUUCAGUUCGUGUCCGAAAAGAUGUCGAUGGCAAAAAGCUAGUUAAAGAGGUUGCCAAGGCGUUGGAGUGGGAUCCAGCCACCACUCGACUGUGGCAGGUCAGCCAGCGGUGAGUUGCACUUUUUCCCAACACAUUCCGUUCUUUUUGAGUUACUGUGCCUUCCAUAUCCCAAAGCAUGCCUGUGUGCGGGGUUAUCAUCCACCCACCCACCGUGAACCCGCCUCUCCACAUGAAUCCCUACACUUAUAUUAUUCAUCAAAAUCAUAUGCCCGCAGAUUUACGCUCUCGAGUUGAGGCCCUAGUAAGCCUACUGCGGUUCGCUCAUUACAUAUGCUUCAUUUGACCCAAUUGAGAAAAAUUCUGAGACUUCUGUGGGAUUCGAAUUCGCGACAGCGAGGACAAGGCUUGGGCACAGCCAUCGUUCUGACCACCGGAGCUACCAGGCCCCUAUCGACAGCAGCGAGUUUUAUGGCAAAUUUGAGUGCCCUUGCUUGCCACGCGCUCAGCCAUUUCACUGUACUACAUUUCGACCCAUGCAAUAUUCAUGGUAGCCCUAAAUGAUCCCCUAUUGCGUGUGGGACUUUGAUCGUGCCCGAUAUAAUCAGCCUCAAUUUUACGUGUGUUUGGCAAUUUCCGGUAUCAGUAGGUCCCAGUCGCAGGGCAGCGAUGACAGAAGGGCCAAAUUAGCAGCGGUUCGCGUUCGUCGAGUCAUCGUGCACAGUAACGGCACUUUAUUGGGCAGCCGCAGUCCCCCACAACCUCAACCGCUGCUGCUGAUUUGUGAAUGCUUAUUCACCAUGGCGCAAAAGUCUGCUUAUUUCACAGUCAGCCUUCACUGAAGGCCGUUCCACUAAACACACAACACAUUGACUCACCAUGUAGACAGCAAGUAGGAUGGCGAGCUACAUCGUCCUGCUAGGGGUUGCAGUAGCCAGCUUUUUCACUGGACAUGCCUGUCUUGAUCCAGUCAGAAGCCCAUCCUGCCGCAGGGGCUUUUUAAGGGGGUGACACUUCUACGGAGAAGUUUCCAAUGCAGACGAAUUUGGAUAUAUUCUCUCAGGUAUACCCGUAGCCCAAUAUCUGCUUCUGAGUCAACCCUAUGCAUGUUCCUACAUCUUUUAUCUGUUAGACUGCCGGAGAGUAAACACUAGAUUACUUUCAGUGCACGGGUAUGCCAAGUGACUUGAAAACCGGAAGACUCAGCUUUCUAUAAGAUGACCGCAAAACAGAACCGCUUGUCAACUUUUUAUAGAGCAAGCCAUUGCAAGCGUGUAGUUUGUGGCCGGGACUACCUUCUCCGGCCAGCAACUGUGCUAAAAGAAAAUAACUGGCGAUAUUGUGCGUUACCACAGAAAAAAAGAUAAAAAGACUUCGUGAUAGCUGUUGCGCGAGCGUGGUCAAGAUGCUUUAAGGUAGUCAUCGGAGUAAAAGUACGGCACUGCAAUACAUUUUUACAAUGUUAGCAAAGGGACAUUAUAUUUAUUUACUAGUAUCACUUAGUGAUAGAAACUGUCCCCCUUAAUUAGUGACAAUAUGGAGGAUCGAAACUAGUGAUACCACAAAGUUGUUAGGUGUUCGACAAUUUCGCUCAAGGCAAACGCUCCCCGGAGUUAGUAACCCCGCCAUAAGCCAUACCCUUGUCCAAGCUACUUUAUAUAGACAUACAACUAACAAAAUAUACGCACUGUUUAAGUUAUGAACUUGUGUGUGCUCUCGGUGGAAGGACAGCAUGGCCUGAUAUAUUAAUGAGCUUGUAAUUAUGGCCCAUGCUCACCAUUUUCACUACUUGCUAGGGCAAUCUUUUGUAUUUGGAAACGUUUUUGCAUACUUCAGUUGUUUCAGCACGUGUUUCGGGCUAUACCUAACUUGAGAAUGUUCGUUCGUCUAAUAAGGCCACUGCUGCCUCAGUUCCCUCAGUCAGAGUCGCCCCAUCCUUUGGUGUUAGCUUAAAUCUCGGGACGGUGAGGCUAGGUUAUAUACCCCCCUCCGGGUCGGUUAUUCAAAAAUCUACUUAUCCUGUCUAAGUAGGUGCGGUGUGGCCCAAGGCACAACGGGACGAAUGAGUUCCGUAGCGCGAUCGGUGAGCUCCCCUCUAUCGUUGUUCAUAUACCCGAUCGUAACCGACAAGAUAACGAGCCCAUGGCCCAGUGCUGAAGACUUCGGACUUCUAACCAACAGGUCGCAAGGUCGAGCCCCGGGGUUUGCACACCUCUGGGUCUGGUGUGGCCGACUGCGACGGCUAAUCAACCGGAAAUGGCCAUCACAGUCUCCCUUGUCUUUGUCGACAAUGGCUCAUAACGGUUUGCCUGACGAAAGGUUACUAAAGGGAUCAUGCGGCACGCGGAUUUUGAUUUUCACUAAGGAUUUAAGACCUAGGGUUAGGAUUGCGAUUAUGUGUGGGUUUUCAUUAAAUGCCUGCGGGAUUGCCCAUUACAGCCAUGCUCACGUUUGGUGUUAGGGUUGUGGCCAACUACAAUUUCGCCCGAGGAGUUGCCUACCAUACCCUUGCCGUUGGAACUUGUCAUGUUUUCGAGCGUCUGCCUCCAGUAGCUGUUGAUUAAUUGUGCAGACUGUGCUAUAAUCUUUGCAUGCCCGAAAAGUACUUCCAUCCUGGUUGCAGCCGGCCCAACUAACACGCAUUCUUUUCUUCCUUUUAUUUCAGCGAGAAGGGCAGUUACUUGAUUGAAUUUAACCUGCCGAAACUCACUGAACCCUGCUUGAGCUCCACCCUGAUAUUUUGGGCCCAACAAGUCCCGGCAAAUCUAACUGGCACUCCCCUCUCCCUGACUGCCUCAUCCCCGCCAGCCAGUCGGCUCUUCUUUUUCAAGUACUUCGACCCCAUUUCUUGUACUCUCUCGUUUUGCGGAAGCCUGGAGCUGAAUAGCACAGUGCCGGCUACCUACCUUCCCCGCGUUCUGAGAGAGCGAGCCGGAUUGCCUCCGGACACGCCUUUGAUCUUCUUCAGGGAAUUUGUAAAUCGCGUUAUCCAGGCAAUUGAACCGGCAUCAUUGCUGACGCCGCCAUCCAGAUCAGGCAUCCACGGCGAGGUCAUAUUCUUUCAGGUGCGCUUUCCUUCUUCCGCAAAUUUUUGAAGACGAUGAUUUCGUGUAACGGCUACUAGGCAUCUCACGUCUUCAGACCGCUGACUUUCGCAUUUCCUAUCCACGCGCACAAGUAGCUUCGAAUUGGCCGUACAGAUGCGGUCUUCAAGGUAUAAUUUAGAUGUUCAUUUGUUCCAACGCCAGCCUCGUUCCCCCCCCCCCCCCCCCCCAUCCCCCGAAAAUUCAUCCAGUCGCUGUCGGUAACCUCUAACGUAGUUUCAUAAAAAUUAACUCCUUUUCAUAAGUAGCGUUUUAUAAUGGACAGUAAGAUAUCAGUAAAUGUAUGAAGUAAUUUCAAGUUAAGUCUGCGUUUAGUACGAUUUCGCCUAGAGAAUCGCCUCGUGUCCUAUAUAUGUCACUCUGUAAAACAUAGACUGCGGCCCUCAGAUAUGCUCUCGAGUGCAACGGCCUACCAGAGUACAUACAGUAGAUGUGCAAUCUCAUGAAAUGUUGACGGAAAUUCUGAAAUUCAUUUUCAAAUCGAAAAUAUUAUUUAAGUAGGGCUGUCAUGGUAAUUAUCGUGUCGCCUAAUGCCAACAAAUUCCAGUCACGUCGGGAUACCGACUUUCGAAUGAGCUCCUUAUCGACCGCCUGUGUAAACUAUAUUCUGUAAAAAGUGGUCACUUGAGUGUUAUGAGUUUUCCCCAUUGACUUCCGAUGUCCUCAUGUAUUCAAGUAUAUGUUGUAAAGUGUGACCAACAAUAUGUUUUCCUUCACUCAUUCGGUAGUAAAUUACGCCUUUUUCCAAUGUACUUAUAGAAGAGGUAUCCUUUGACUUUCAUGGAAUUUUUCCAGAGCGCGAAAUAUACAAUAGCAUAGCAUCACAUCAGCACAUUUUUAAUGUUGCUGAAGGGGUGAACAGUAUAGUCCAAAUCCACUAAAAAAUUUCGUGCCCCCCUCCCGCUGUGUCAGUUAAUGUGUCCGAGGAUAGAAAAACGCGGUUGUUCUUAUUUUACCGUCAGUCGAGUUGGAUGUCGUUAAACAACCUCAACCUAUCGAGUUCAGGUCGUAGUUCCGAUCCAAUCUAACAGAGCGAUCCCUCCAUCGGUGCCAGCACCCGGAAGUCCUUCCCGUUAUCAGUUGUAUUACGCUUGCUCGACCGCCGUGCCCGACGAUGUCCAUCGUGUGCUCUACAGCGAGGUGAAGCAGACACGGUGGCUUACGCGUGCAUUGGGUCCUAGUGAGGGUAGACUUUCGCAGCAUCUACCGCACUCUCCACACUGAACGCGGUGUCAGGACAUGGUCAAGAAGACCGGAGGUGAGGGAGGGCGCAGGUGGCUGUUACGGCCGGAGCCCCACCUAGGCAUAGCACUCCACCCCCCCCCCCUCCCUGGUUUACAACAAGCACUUGAGCAGGCUUUUAACCAACAACAACAGGACCACAACGGGUCCGGGUGACGAGGAUGAUUGGGCAGCCAUGCUCACGGUCUGUAUAUCCAGCGGGAGUGCAAGCGUAUCUACCGUCAGAGAAAUGCCAACGCAUACCAAGCGGUUAGCUGAUCCCGGCAAAGCAUAUGCUUACGGACCUUUGCGCUAUGUCCUCCUCAUAAUAGCAUGUAGAUAUGAAUAAUUUUCCAUACCCGGAAAGUAUACAGCUUGUGGUUCGGAAACUUCGGAUACAACUGUGACGGCAGGUCGAGGUCACAAUUAUUCGGGAACUGAAGUUUCUCAAAACCGAAAGUUAUUCCUUCUUCAAGUAUGAAAUUUGACGAAUACGUGAUGUGCUACCAGAAAAGUAGGAAAAAGAAUAUUUGUGUGCAUGCUUCCUACAAAAUGUAUUUGGACAUAUUAAGACAUCGAAAAUCAAUAGGAAAAAUGCAUACUACCAAAGUGGUCAUCUUCACGGAAUAUAGUUUAUGCAGGCGGUCGAUAAGAGGCCCAUUCGAAAGCCAGCAUCCUGACGUGCUUGUAAUAUCUUAACAUUGUAGGACAUGGUAGUAUGACAACCCUAUCUGAGUAAUUUUUUCCAACUGAAAAUAAAUUUCAAAAUUUCAUGAGAUAGCCUAUCUGCCGUGAUUUCAAUUUUUUCCCUCUGGGCACCAUGCUGGCGUUUGCAUGAGCAUAUUUUCAGCCCCUACACUCAACCUCUUUGCCGAAAAGGAGAGAUAAGCCUUUUUAUUGCUUAUUCCAGCUUUAUUGGAAAGUGCGUCUUCUUCGGUGUUGGGAUUUCAAGGAAUGUUGUGCAUCACCUUUAAAAGCAUUGUGUAUUACUAUGCAUUUCGGAAGAACCCGCGUCUUCAUUUGUGUCUCGGGUUUCUGUCUUCUCUGCUCAAAGUGCAUUCAUUCGCACGCACGUCCCUUGUGAAAAGACCAUUUAUUAUUUAUGAAGUAUUGUGAUAGAUGUGGAUCCCGUCACAUACCUCGCAACCAGCAGUGACAAACCCAUGGAUGUUAGAUAGCGUGGACGCGCAAGCUUGUAAGAUUUUCUAUCACAAAUUUGGUUUCUCAAUUGUGGUGCUGAGUUCUUCCAUGUUUGGCGACGCACUUUUCUGCAAAAUGAGCGUAACAGGUGAAUUUUUAAUGUCCAGUUUAGGAGGGAAGUGUUUGAAUUUACAAAGUAUAUUUUUACUUUGUAAAUUCAAACACUUCCCACUGAAAAAGACGAGCUCAUUUUUGAAUAAUCCAUCUACGGGCUGCACAGAUACAAAGUAAAAGCUCCCCAGGUGCGCUUUUUUCGCCGAUUUUGUGUCCCCGCGAGGUAAUCCCAAAUUCCGCUGAAACUGAUGGAUUUCAGCCCAUAUAUUCAUAUUGACUUUCGUACCGAGCCUGAGGUUUUCUCCGAAGAACUUGCGCAUUACUUUCCGAGCGAAUUAAAAGGCUGAAGUAUCUACCAGAAGGCUCACUGAAGACGCGCUGGUAAGUUGAAGUUCUCUCAUCCGUGUCAAUCGUUUACCACUGACAAGCUGCCGACAGGCAGUCGGAAGUAUAUGUGGUUCUGGCACCUGGUUCGCUGUCGGUAGAUGCGCUUGCGCUCCCGCUGGAUAUACAGGUCAUGAGCAUGGCUGCCCAUGUUGGCGUGUUGUUGGUUAAAAUCCUGGUCAAGUGCUUGCUGUGGAUCAAGGGGUGUGGUGGUACGCCUAGGUGCAGGUUCGGCCGUACCAGCCACCUGCGCCCUCUCCGGCCUUCUUGACUAUGUCUUGACACCGGGUUCCCGUGUGAAGGAGGGGGUGCGGUAGAUGCUGCGCAAGUCUACCCUCACUAUAACCUAAUUCACGAGCAAGUCACCGUGCGUGCUUCAUCCCGCUGUGGGCACGGCGGUCGAAUGAUCAGUAUAUGCAUGCGGAAUGGUUUACCAUACUGACAGCACGGAUACAAGCUAAGAACCCCCCCCCCCCAAACACACCUGUUUUACCAUUUUUGCGUCGCCGCAUGACGCAGCUGCGAGCGUUUUGGCUCAUCGGUGAUUCCCCCAGCGUUUCACGUGUGCUUUCUGUUAUGUGCUGACGUUUUUCAAUGUUGCCCUUUUGUUCUCGGAAAUUCACGCACAAACUUUCUGGCCAGGCCUAGAAUUGUCUGUUCCGAUGUACUCAAAGUUCGCCCUUCAAUUUCUGAGAAAUUAGAAAGCAUAACAAGUGCAUUUUCCUAAAAUGAAACUCUUCUCCACUAGAAGUUCACAUGCUACUGUGUAUGAAUUAAUUUGGACAUGUACUCCACGUUAAUCAUGCCUUGUUAGACAGGGUAUCUAAAAAUUCCAGUUAACACAUGAUGCAUUUCGGCACACAAUACAUGUUUUUAAAUUGUUUCUCGAUACUUCCACGAGUUCCCUAUCUGCCUUUAUCAAAAAGAAUUACCAGAAGUUUCAUGUUUUAAAACCAUCCAAUCGGAGAAUGCAUCCUAAAAAUGGCCCAUUGAGAUGCCAAGUGUUCAAUUGACUAAGUCAGCCAAAAUUCGAAUUUUUUAGGUUCGCUUGGAAAUCUUUUCAGCACUAUGCCCGUGCGUUGCUUAAUCCAACUGACAUAGAUGCAAUCGUGAAGGCUCUUUUAAGAAUCUCACGUUUCGAACUCCGAUCUGAGUUCUGUCCAUUCCAGUUAGUACCUAAUGGUGCACUUGUGGCCACCCGGCUUCGGUGCUGUGCGUCACUCACCCGCAUUGUUAGCAGACGUGCGACCCAAUCCAGUGAAGGAAGGCGUGAACGUCCGUUUCACGGCAACACGUGUUCGUCAGCACGCUUUGCCAGUCCGGCUGGGGAUUCAGUCUCUUGACCUAACCAGCAGAUAUCUACUCCUAAUGGUAUUCUGCUACCGGGAGGAUAAGGCGGAAAUGCGCCUCAUGUUUUAAGAGACAGUGAAUAUGCUGAACCUUCGUUGAAACUGUUUGGUUGUCCUUAAAGAGCUAUUACAGAUUCAAACACCAUUGUGACGGUAUAUUCAGGUUGCUCAUUAGUGGCGUUAGCUGCAAAAUCAUUUCAACAAAUCUGUACAGUUUUCUUGUUUCUCACACUGGCACCUUACAGUGUUUCGGCCGUCUAUCUGAGAACUGUGUCCUAACACCUCACGCGGUCUUCUGCCCGAAUGCUGAAUAACCAUGUUACUGUCUGCUCCCAUCGUAUGCCUAACGAUGCCAUCUUUUUCCACCUUUCCCUGACAGAUCGAUCCUGGAUGCCCGCUGCUCUACAACAGCUGUCUGGUAGCCGAAGAAACUGGCAAGGAUGCGGCCAGUCUGAUUGGGUCCCCACACAGUCCACCUAUUACCAGUACUGCAGUGGAUUAUGACGCCUCGUUCAUUCCUGGUCCCUUGGCUAGUUCGCUACUCCGCAAAAUGUCAAUCAAACCCUCAUCGCCCGCUGGAGCGAAUGGCACUCUUCCCUCAUUUGCGGAUUAUUAUGCUUCUCGAAUCACUCAGGUGAGUGUGUGUGUAGGGCGAUAUUAUGCAGUCAUGUCGCCGACAUGUUAAAAGGUGUUGACUGCGACUGCAUUAAUCAAGAAAGAUGUUUACCGACUUAUGUCAUGUGACUGCUGACUGUUUUGCCGUCUCUGGCCAGCCAUACGUCCAUCCGAAAUUGGGAAGAACAGAUAAUUACAAUCGGCUCUGUCGUCUUCUUCUGAGCCCCACUUUUUCUCUUGUCGUGACUGCGAUUGAGAAUAUUCCAAGUUUCACGAAAAUAGCGAGCUAAACUGACUCUCUGUACUGUCACGAAACUGCAAUUGUCGGCGGCUAGUGUCAGUUUGCCCUAUUAUGUAUUCUCGCACGCAUGCGUGCUGCUGUGCAAAUGAAGCCGUUUCUGGCCUAUUAGACUUCAUCAGCCACCCAUUCUUGACCUCGGAGUUUCGCUAACCCGCGAUUCGAACCCCGCCUCGCUCAACUGUUGAGACACAGGUCCGUUGUUAUUGAACUCGAGUCUCUCGGUCCUGGCUGUGCUCAAACCGUACAUUUGCCCCACUGAGGCCACCGAGUUUUUGAACAGCUUUCUGCAGUUCCCGAUCACUCAUAUCGGCUAAAACGUACGAGGAACGCCUUCCAUUGCUUAAUACCUAAAUCGCUGUGGGGGUAAACUACGAGGCACAAAGAAUCUUGGCAUACAUCCGGAGCCGCUGGGCGUGCGGAGUAGCACUCGAAUCGGCACGAAAAAAAGAUGCUUGGAAAGGCAAUUUUUUAAAAAAUUGCAGGCUUCUCUCUCUUUCACUAGAAAAUUCGGAGUCGUCGUUUGCUACCAAGUGAACUAGAGAGAGAAUCUUUUUGUGCAUGUUUUCUAUAAAAUACAAUUGAAUAUGUAAGGACCACGAAAAUCAGUGGGAAAAUUCAUGAUGCGCGAGUAUUCAUUUCUCGCGGUGGGGAUUUUUCUGGCAGUCGGAAAGAAACUCAUUAAAAAUUCAACAUCUUGGCGUGACUGAAAUACCUUUUUGAAUCGAAAGCAUUUCUGAACUUUGGCUAAUAUUUCAUGAGGUAGCACACCUAUAUUAACAUAUACAGUAGCUAUAAUGCCAUGAUUAUUCAGAUACCUCGGUAUGACGGCUUUCAAACGAACAUCUUUACGGUCGCAUGCAACAACUACACUCUGUAGAAAAUAACUGCUUAAGUAGCAGGUAUUUUUUUCAUAUAUUUCCAAUACUCCUGUAAAUUCAAUUAUAUUUCAUAGAAGAACUACAUAAAAUAUUCAUUCCUUUACUCAUUCGGUAGACAAUUACGUCUUCUUCCAUUUUUAUACUCGAAUAAAGGAUGUGAUUCAGUUUUCAAAAACUUUUUCAAUUCCCGAAUAGUUUUGAACCCGACCUGGGUUUCCCAACUACAAACCGUGUAUUUUCUGCGUACGAAAACCAUACAUUUUUCUAAGGAGACCACAUGUGGUCCAUAAAAUUUAGCAUUUGAUUUGAGCCAUAUCGUUUACUUUACAAACUACAUCAGUAAGUGCAGCGACACGAUGUUUAACAGACGGGCAUUUCACAGUCUUGAAAAAUGUCAUAAUUAGAGACUAAAAACCGAAAUAACCCCUUUCUUAAAGUAUGCAAUCGGAAGAAGACGUAAAUUUCUGCCGAAUGAGUGAAAGAAUGAAUAGCUUUAUGCAUGUUUUCCAUGAAAUAUGAUUGAAUCUAUAAGGGCAUCGAAAAUCAAUAGAAAAAAUUCGUACUACUUAAGGAGCCAUUUUCUACAGAGCGUGGUUUUUGCAUGCGGCCGAAAAGAUAAUCGUUCGAAAGUCGAUAUCCGGAGGUAUCUGAAUUAUUACAGAAUUAUGCUCCACGAUGAUUACUUUUAAAGCCCUACUUAAGCAAUCUUUUCGAAACGAAAACGCACCUCAGAAUUUCGGCCAACAUUUUAUCAGUUAGCACACCUACUGUAUAUAUUGAAUAACUGAGAUGAUACAAUGAAAAAGAGACGACUCUGCGGACAGUAGAGUUGCACCUGCAAAUUUUCAAAUUGGUGACGCCAACCCGCCUUCAGACGAAAUAACAAGGGAGAAGUGAGAUCGGCAGACGAGACCCGGUUGGCGCGACAGACAGACUAACCCGAACGUUGAGAUGGGAGAAGGUGAAGUGCUCGCCGGGGUGGAUGGUUUAAAUGACGGAAGUUUCACUCUCGUGCUCGAACGCAUCAUCGGGGACCGCCAAAAGUAGAAAACUACAUAUUUCAGAUAAGUCAUUUGCACUCCUGAUAGGUCCACCACUCUCCUCAUUGUCCUUUCAUGCGCAAGUCGUCCCUUCUGGUCUCCUAUGGCGCUGGUAAAGCGAAAUCAGGAAUAUUUAGUCCGUAAAGCCUCUGACAAAGCGUAAAUCGCUGUGAUUUUUUCUUCAUGCAUCUGUUGCAGAGCAAGAGUGGUCCAAACAAAAACUUGCACAGACCUUCUGACCGACAUCGAUCAAACUAAGGUCUCUGCAGUGACGACAUUCCGUGUUGUCUCUGAUCUUGGAGAAAUCAAGUCAAGCGGCAUCGCUCCAGCCCUGCGGGCCAGGCUCAUUGGGCCAGGAGACCCUUAUCUGACUCUGUCUCUGGUGAUGGAUUCGAGUGAGAAUCCGAAGUGUCAGGCUAGUAAAACUCUUGUUCCAGCGAUCGUGUUUCCUUCUUCGCGACUGCUUCCUGGAACUCGCUUCUAUUGGAACAACUCUUAUAGACUUGAUUAGGCAAUCCAUUUUGAGCCAAAGUUUUCUUGCUUUCUGUCGCUUGUUUACAUCUGUGAUUUAGGUGGUAGACGGCAGCCUACAUUCACAGUCGUAGUGAAGGUCUGUGGUUGUGGCUGCGAAAGAACCCAUUCGGGGUGAAAUGUUGUCAAUUGAUGUAAAACUCUUUCUCAGGGCUGAGGGUCAGGCUUCAAUGUCCCCUUAAUGUGACAUUUGCAGCAUUCUCACUUAUGCAAGAUCCGAUUCGCCCUUGACAUGUGGGACGGAAACCACAUCGUCUGUGUGACGCACGUGGGCGAACUCUUUAGCUUUGCCAUCAAAUGCACCCGUGCCCACUGUCCGCCGUCGGAGCAUGGUGGUCGAGGGCGGAGAGAGUGCGAUAGAUAGUCCGCAGGUGUACCUUGCCAUAAACUACUUCACGCCAAAGUCAUCACUUUACCGCGGGACAACGGUGAACUUCGUCGCUUGUGCCAGCUAAAGUGUCUUGUGCCGUGUACCUCAGAUGCUUAAAAAUAACUUUUGUCGCUUAAGGCUGAAUUGAACGCUAGUAGAACGUCACUUUUAUGUGUGACAUUUCGCCACACGGUCGCGGCUGACGGGGCUCUGAUCCGGACCAUAGCACCAGGGCGUCCAACUCAGAUGAUCUUUGACCAACUGAUCCGACCUCAAAUCUCAGAUUUUUUGGCCUCCGAUUGAGGUCUGGUUGCCUGUUGGUGACAGCUAAGCCAAAAAUGCUUAUUCCGGUCUCUGUCGUCUUUGUUGAUAUUCUUUCUGAAAACGUGUCUCAGAUUACGAGUUCCUGGCCGCUUUCAUUGCGCCUUACCGACGUACAUUGAUAUGCUUUUAUCGCCCUCUGUAUUUUUCAUGACUCUUUCCCCUUUAUUCGAAAUCGCCUACCGGCAAGUAACACCCCGUCUGAAAAUUUUCCAAAAUGGACCUUAAGGUGAUAAAUCCUGAGGUCUGAAGUCAAAACUUUCAGCUGCAGUAAUCUCGUCAUUUCCGCGUCUUCUUCUGUCCAUUCCUUCCAAAUUCCAGAUCCGUCGAUAAGUCUUCCCUAAUGGUAAAACACUCAAAAGUCCACACCCAAGUUGACCUCAAAUUAAACCUUUCCGCAUUUCCUUUGGUAUUUAUUUGCCUUGCAGCGAUUCUCUCCUUUGCCUCCUCCCAGACUCAGUUAUUCACAGGUUCUCGCCAAAUUGUUUGCCCUUAGGUGGAAAUACUACUGGUAGAUAAGCUUCGAAAGUCAGAUCCGGGCAUCCUGCUACGGCUCUCACCUUCUCUGGACUACAAAGGCUUUGCGAAUCUCGUGGCCAACUACCUGUCCGCCCAGCCAGACAGACUGCAGUUUUUCACACCUCAACCGAUUUCCGCGCUGAAUCAGGCUCAGCAGGGUCUGCUUGGCCCGAUGGGCAAUGACAGCAAUACCCUUUCCGGCGUCAACUUAAUGGGCUCAGGAGGAUCACCCGUCAACUCUGAGGCCCCCGGUGGAAAUGGAAACUACUCUCCCACGGGCGCUUCUGAUCUCAUCUCAGUGCAGUCCAUGGCCGCUAAGGCGUCGGGUAAGCACCCUUCCAUAGAUGUGUAUUGGUAUGCGUGCGUGCGUGUUUGCGCCUUGUCCCCCUAACUCAUGAAACGUCAACCGAAAUUCCGAAAUGCGCUUUCGUUUCCAAAAGAUUAAUUAAGUAGGGUUGUAAAACUAGUCAGCCAGUAACAUAAUUCUGUAAUAUUUUAGUUACCUCAGGAUGCCGGCUUUCGAAUGAACUUCCUUCCGGCCGCAUGCAAAAACUGCACUCUGUGGAAAAUGACUACUUAAUUAGCAUACAAUUGUCUCAUUGAUUUUCGAUACCCCGAACACUCCAAUUAUAUUUCAUGGAAAGCAUGCAUAAAAAUAUUCAUUCCUUCGCUCAUUCGGUAGAAAAUUACGUCCUCUUCUAGUUUUAUACUCGAAGGAAGGGUAUAAUUCGCUUUUUAGAAACUUUGCCAAUUCUCGAAUCAUUUUGAACCCACUCUGCCGUCACACCUGCAUUCAGGGUUUCAAACUACAAGCCGUAUAUUUUCCGCGUACGGAAAACCACACGUUCCUCUACGGCAAUAAAGGGGGACCAUAUAGGUUUCAUAAAAUUGAGCAGUGGAUUUGAUCCAUAUUGUUAACUUUACAAGCCACAUUGGUAAAUGCAGGGACAUCACGAUUUAUGAACGGCCAUUUCACGGUAUUCAAAAGUACCGCAAUUGAAACUUUUAAAACUGAAUUGUGCCCCUCCUUCGAGCAUAAAAUUUGACGAAGACGUAAUUUUCUACCGAAUGAGCAAAAGAUUGAAUAUUUUUAUGCAUGUUUUCUAUGGACUAUAAUUGAAUUCUAAUAGGCAUCGAAAAUCAACGAGAAAAUUCAUGCUACUUAAGUAGUCAUUUUCUACAGAGUGCAGGUUUUGCAUGCAGCCGGAAGAAAGUUCAUUCGCAAACCGGCAUCCUGAGGUAACCGAAAUAUUAUAGAAUUGUGUUGCAGGCUGACCAGUUUUACGACCCUACCGAAUUAAUCUUUUGGAAACGAAAACGCAUUUCGGAAUUUCGGUUGACAUUUCAUGAGUUAGCCCACCUACUGUAUAUCUGAACCCGCCGGAGAUGCGCUGGAUCAACACAGAAGCCAAAUUAGGACACGGCACGCGUUAUCCGAGCUGCGUACCUAUAACAAAUGCCACACAUCACAUGUGGUGUCGCGCCGAGGCCCAGGAUCACGCCGCGCCAACUACUUGCGCUUAGUCCCUGCGUCAGAUGUCUCACGGACUGGUGCCUGAGAGGGGAAGAGACGUCGAUUCUUUGGUCUCCGUCUCCAUGACACACUCAAUGCAUAUUCCUUGCCAUAAACAAUCUGAUGCGUUUGAAUCUGCCACGGUGCGCUUAAAGGCAGCGGGACAACUCGGUCCUCUCGGAACCCACAGUCAGGCCUCAAUGGCUCCUUAAAGUGGCCUUAAUGGCACCGAGCUGCCCCUCUGUUCUUUUAGUGAAAUCCAGCCCAUUGUGCGCGGCCCAGGCGUAUGUGACGCACGAACGGACCGUUAAGCUUUGUUAGCCAAUGCGCCCGAUCCCGCCUCCCGUAUAGGAACGCGAAUCGACCGUGUUACGGAACUCACUCGUCUCGUUGUGCCUUAGGGCUCAAUCUCGAGCUCCGCCAGCAGCCCCAUAGCAGGUAGUGAUAUGGGCAGAAUAACAUUGCCGACAAAGACAAGGGAUACUGGGAUGAUUAUUUCUGGCUUAUUAAUCGUGGCUCAGUGGUUAGGGGCGUUGGACCUCUAACCAACAGGUCUCGUGGUCGAGCCUCAGGGGUUGUACAUCUCGGGGCUGAGUAUGACUGGCUGACGACGGCUUAUAAGCCAGAAAUGACCAUUCCAGUCCCCUUUGCCUUUGCCGGUAGUGUCAUUCUGCCUAUAUACAUAUACGGUGCGUGACCGAUCUCAUGAAAUGUCGGCCAAAAUUCUGGAAUGUGUUUCCGAUUAGGAAGGAUUACUUAGGUGGGGUUGUUAUACUGAUGAUUAUCAUGCAGCAUAACCCUAUAAAAUUUCGGACUUGCCAGGAUGUCGGCUUUUGAAUGUACUUCUUUUUGACCUCCUACAGAAAGCACACUCGGUAAAAGACGACUACUUAGGUAGCACGCAUUUUUCCUAUUGAUUUUCGAUGGUCUUAUAAAGUCAAAUAUCUUUUACAGAAAACAUGCACAAAAAUAUGCCUUCUUUUGCUCAUUUGAUUGGAAAUCAUAUUGUCUUCAUAUUUUAUGCCAGAAGAAAGUGUAUAUUUAGGUUUUAAAAAAGUUUCCUGAUUCCCGAAUACUUUUCAGCCUAAUCUGUCAUUGCAUCGGCGUUUAGCAAUUUCAGUCUACAAGGCGCACGCCUUCCGCUUAGGGAAAAUGAUAUAUUCCUCUAUGUCGUUAAGAAGAUACCACAUAGAGUUCAUGAAAUUUUGCAAUGGAUCCGGGCUGUCUUGUAAAUUUCAUUAGGAGCAUUAGUAAACGGACAUGUGCGGUCUUGCAUGCAUAGACAUCGCACGGUGUUAAAAAUCUCAUAAUUAGAAACUUUUUUAAAACCUAAAUAUGCACUUUCUUCUGGCAUGAAAUAUGAAGACAAUAUGAUUUCCUAUAAAAUUAGUAAAAGAAAGCAUAUUUUUGUCAACAAGGUGCCCAGAGAGGCCUAUGCGUGCUUCGGACGAAAUGAAAUCCGACCUCAUGACUUAAGCUGAGUCAUCAUUAUGACAGACCUGGACAAGGAAGAUGAGACGAAUUGCUGUUGCAUAAGUCUUGUCGAAUGUGCCAUCAUCCUUAGGCGAUUUCAAGACGUGCGGUGGGAGGACGCGACCAAAGCUGGGCGUGAAUGCACUGACCGAACCUUUGCACUAUGUCUACCGACAGCUGGCAGCUGCCUGCUCUGUCAACUUCACUGUGACAUUCGAUUUUGUGCACUGCAAGUUCCCCUUGGCUGAUAGCGUUUGCUUGGAACAACUUCCUGCUGCGAUCGUAUUGUAUGUAUCUCACUUCUCGCCCACAACUGUUCUGGACGAUCGUCUAAUAUUUCAUCUGACCUUUCACAGGGAUGCUUCCUGCCAUCCAUCUGCAACGUUGUUCACUUGAUCCUUGCUUCUGAUGUUGUCAUGCCUGCAAGUGGAUGCUGUCUGGCUGACUUUAACUGCACUAACGUCAUCCUCCAAAAUGCUGCCUUCCAAGUUCUCUGGAACGUGGUGUGUGAAGUCAACGGGCUUGCAAAACAGCUAUUUCAUCCAACGACGCCGUAAAAAUCAAAGUGUUCUUGAACUGCUUAAAAAAACCGACACUUUCCAGUAUCCCCGAGUGGGGGUGGCGAUAUCAUCCCCCGAAAUAAUUCAUUCCCCAAAUUCUUCCUAACCUUCCAGUACGCCAAUCGGACUGUCACGCUAUCCUGAUUUCCAGAGCGAUCUGUGUGCCCCGAUCAUCCAUCGGUGAUUGGAUAUGUGCGGCUGUAUGUAGAAGACCCAGAAUAGAAAUUUGAGUUUUACGCUGAUUUAGGCAGGCAAAGAAUCUCCUGGGAGCCACUUUUCUGUAUUCUACGCACGUUCUAUGCAUUCUUGCUACUAACACAUUUCUUAACUUUUGCACUCCUUCAGGCUUUAGUGGCGCCUCUCCACAAUUCAUUAGUGCAUUGGCCUCCGUCACGCACCAAGGCCUUACACGUGAGCCACCAGGCCCGCCAAUUCCGUCCACCGUGUCGGGCACUUUACGCGAUUUCCUCCAACUUCCUGCCCCUGCGUAUCCUGUUCAGUCACAAGCUGGAGCGACCAAUUUUGCCCUCUCCAACGCCGCACAAGACCGUCCUCCGCAGCUUCUUGCACGCUAUUCCGGCGUCAGUACCACCACAACAUCUCCUUUCGGCAAUCUGAGCUUCCCCGCUCCUCGAAGGGUCUAUUACGCGCACAUUGCCCUACCAAUUGAUCAGCUGGAGGCGUUAAAACAGGUUCAGGUUGCGUUCAUUGGGCCACGCCUAUGUGACCGACUGGACUUAUCCCUGUCAGUGCCCGGUAACGGCACAGUCGCCGAUCUCCUGGCUGAAGCUCGUCCCCACGUGACUUUGGUGGGCUCCGGGAAGCUUCGUCUGCUCGAAGUGCGCAACAACCGCAUCAUCAAGGUCUACCAGAACGACUUUCCACUGGAGAAGAUCGAGUCACAACUUAAUCGGUUCACCCUGGACAGCAGUGACAACCUCAAGAGUGGACUGCGUAUUGAAGAGCUGCCCCUGGAUGAGGUCACCCCCCAACCCGGUGAGGUGAUAAUCUACGCGGCACAUUUCAAUAAGGACCUCAGCGACACCUUUGGUGUCCCCUUCACAGUACGCAUUCGAGACCAAGAGCCCUACAGCGCAGUGAAAGAACGCAUUCGAAAGCGUUUGGAAGUGCCAGACAAGGAGUUUGAUGCCUGGAAUUUUGUUCUGGUGACCAAAUCCAAGCCAAUAUGCAUACCGAGUGAACAGGAUAUUCUUGUGGACACUGAAUUCUUUGCUACCAGCACCACACCUCAGCCCUGGCUGGGCGUUGAACACAAACCCUACAAGAGACCUCGCUACGCUCCGAGCGAAAAACCGAUCAAAAUUCACAAUUGA